GAGACUUGGGCGGUGCCGCGGAGCCGAGUUUGAACGGAGGCAGCGGCCGUAUUGACCCACCUAAGAAUGUGUUUGCGGAAGGUGAGCGGCCCUGAACAUCUUUCAGCCUGAGUGUGCAACGUGGUGGGCGAAGAAAUGGUUCUGUGUGGAGUACAAGAAUAAGGUCAAGAAAUACUUCAAUGGGCUUCUGGAGUGUUUAAUAAAAAAAAGGAAGAAAAUGGAGGCAGAGGCAGAGACAGAGACCAUUUUAAGUCUUAAGCAGCAACUCAAGGAAGCMGAGAAUGAGCGAAGAAAGGCAGCACAGUAUGGUUUGCAUUUGCUGGAGUCCCAAAGUGARGUUCAAAAUCAGUUGGAUCAAACACGCCGUGAAUUGACUGAGAAAACUGAGAAAUUUGAACAGGARAAGUACACUCUUCAGAGAGAAAUUGAGCUCAAGAAUCGAAUGUUGGAAAGCUUGAAUUUUGAGUGUGAUUCCCUUAAGCAGCAGCAAAACGUGCAACUGGAUAAACAGAAAGAACAGCUUGAAAGAGCCUAUGGACAAGAAAUCAGUGACCUUAAAAACAAGUUGGAGAACCUGAAAGCAGAACUAGAUGAAACCCGACUCUCAGAGAAACAGCUGAGACACAAAGUGGACCAUCAGAAAGAAAUAAUUGCUGCCAAAUCAGAAGAACUGCAUAUGAUGUCUGAGCGUGUGCAUGAAACCAUGUCUUCAGAAAUGCUCAACCUUCAGCUAGAGCUCACUGAACUGCAGAAUGAGAAGGCCAAUGAUGAAGAAAAGCURAAUGAGCUGAAGUGCAGUAAAGAGCAGUUAGAACUCAUGAACAGUAAUUUACGGAACCAGGUGGAGCGGCUGCAGGGAGAAAAAGAAGAGAGGGAAAAAGAAGUUGUUUUUUACUCUAAUGCAUUAGAGAAAGCUCGUGAGGCUAAUCAGGAGCUUCGGCUUCAGCUGGAUCAYGCAGUGCAACAAUCUUUGGACCCUACGAGUAAAGGCAAUUCUCUCUUUGCUGAGGUGGAGGACCGUAGGGCAGAAAUGGAACGACAGCUGAUCAGUGUGAAAAUAAAAUAUCAGUCCCUACAAAAACAGCAUGCAUUCAAUAGAGAACAAUUGCAAAGAAUGAAGCUGCAAAUGGCUACACUGCUACAGCUGAAAGGCUCCCAGKCAGAAUUUGAUCAGCUAGAACGCUUACAGUCAAUGUUAGAGCAAAAGAAUGGUGAAAUAGAAGAUCUGCUUAUGAAAGUAAGGCAGCUAGAAAAAUUUAAGAGUUUAUAUGAGAAUAUGGAAGAGUCCAGACCUGCUAAUAGCUCAAAAGGAAGUGAUUCUGAAAAUGGCUACUAUGCAGAUUUAUUGCAAAUUAAACUGGACAACUCCAACAAGGAAACUGAAACAUUGAAAAACGAACUAUCCCUGCAGAGAAUGAAAGCUCUGUAUGAGAGCCAAAGGGUCCUGGAAUUUGAAAGGAAACUCUUCACAAAUGAGAGGCAUUUGCAAGCUUGUCAGAGUGAGAAUAUGAAGUUGCGAGUUGUGCUGGAUGAGCUAAAAAUGAAGUAUGAACCUGAAGAAUUACUUAAAGGUUCUAAAAUUAAAAMGAAGAGGGAGAGAAAUCCAGGGGACACUACUUGUGAAUACUUUGACAGCAAAAAUACUCCAGUAAAAGAAASCACUCUCACUCAGUUGCCAAGUAAGGAAGGAAAAAAGAUGACUACCAAGAACUUGGAGCAAAGUGAUACUUCUCCAAAAAAACAGCCUUUCCAAGCAUCCCCACUGAAUACAGCUCUCCAGGCAAUACGAAACCUUGUUGAACCUGAAAGAGAAAAGAAAAGAGUUAAAAUUCAAGAUGAGAAUCACGUUACCUUUUCUUCAAAUAGCAGAAGUGGAAACAAUUCCUUGGCUCCAGCUGUCCCCAGGUUAACAGCUGAAUGCAGACUUGAAACUACAGAAGAAGAUCAGAGAGAAACUAAAAUCUCAACAGAGAAGAAAACACAGAAGAAAAGACAUUCAAUAUUGUACGUGUCUUCUAAGGCAAGCUCUGAAACACAGUGUGCUCAGCAGUAAMACUGACACUGCUGGAAGGAGCCUGGAGCUUCAGCAGGAGAACCUGAGUGACCUUGUGUCACCCAUCAGGGUACAGAUUGCUAACUUCAACAUUGAUCUCUGUGGUGUUGUGAAGGGCAUGAUUGCAUGGCAGAGCUGCACUUUUGAUGACUUCCCAGAGGACUCCUGUUGUGUUCCCUGGCACUUGACCUGAGGUGUGGCCUGUUCCUGACUCUUGGCACGGUCUCUAAACACAUUAAUUGCUGUUUGUUUGAAGCAUGGGGCUGUUGUUGAGUACAAGUUCUGGCUAACAGAGGUUUUAUUAAAGUAACACAGGUAAGACAGUGUUGAUGGAGAACUCAACUAAGUGAUGUGCUCCUAAAUUUCUUGCAGUUCACAGAUUGAGAAUUCCUAAUAUUUUUUCCUCCUGAGGUGUAACUUUUCAACAUUCAGGCUGACCUAAUUGCAAAAGUGCAUGUCAGUCACUUCCUGUGUUUCAUUGGUCAAGUUCUGAAACUCUAUGAAUUCUUGUAUUUGUACUGAURAUUAAAAUAAAAGUUUAUUUCUUUCUUUAUAAAAUGUAGCCUGUAUUGUAUUUGAGAAAAAACCUGUAUCCAUUUUUUAAUUGAAGGUGAUGUCUUUUGUAGAACUUUUUGUUUAAAAAAAAAAGGUACCACUCAAUAAAUGCUAAGCAAGCUAAUGCUGGUGCUGUGUGUC